CGGCGGAUGAAAAACUCGGCAGCGACCGCGGUGCUCCUCGACUCGGCGCUCCUCGGCGUCGUGGCGUCCUUUCAAGGCGGCUGCGUCGAGGACCUCUUGCCGUACGCCCGCGACUACGCAGCAGCCUUUGCUCUUGACAUGCCGCUACCGUCGUGCGCGAGCAUCAGCAAUCUGGACUACAUGUGGGCGCGCACCCUCGUCACGGCGCUCGGCCGCGAGGUCGACCGCGCCCGCACGACCACCCGCCUUACGCGGUAUUGCCCACACAUGUGGACGGUCACAUCUGUGAACCUCGCCGCCGCCCGCGGCUACCUUGAUGUCUUGCAGGCCUUGCACGCUGCGAACCAUCUCCAAACAAGCCCUGACGCCCUCAACGAAGCCGCUGCCAACGGGCAUAUGGAUGUUGUGCGCUUUCUCCAUGAGCAUGGCCAGAGCGGAUGCACUGUGCGGGCAAUGAACGGCGCCGCUCAGUACGGACACCUCGACGUCGUUCAGUUUCUGGACUCGCACCGAAGCGAAGGCUGCACGGUCACCGCGAUGAACGCUGCGGCAAUCAACGGCCACUAUGAGAUUGUCGAGUACCUCCAUAUGCAUCGAUCGGAAGGCUGCACGACGAGCGCCAUGGACGGCGCGGCCAAGAACGGGCAUCUCUCUCUCGUGACGUUUCUGCAGACGCACCGAGAAGAAGGCUGCACGACGGACGCGAUGGACGGUGCGCUCCUGUACCACCACGUGGACGUUGCCACGUAUUUGCAUGCGCACCGAGAUGAAGGCUGCACGCCCCACGCCUUGUACGCCGCCGCGUACGAAGGCGAUCUAGUCAACCUCCGCUUCCUCUGCGAAACGCGCCUCGAGCCAUUCCGUCAAGACGUUCUGGACGCGGCCGUCGCCCAAGGUCACGUGGCCGCAGUCUCGUACUUGCACGCAGUGUGGCGCGUCGACGCCGUGACAGCGAUGACCAACAGCGUCACGGCCCACGCCCAAGAGUGGCGUCGCCGCCUCACGAAAGCAUAAAAUCAAAUUGUUGUGGUUACGCUCGCUCACGACAGCCACUGGGCAGCGUCCUUGUAGUAGUGAAACGACCGGCGGGGCCGCUCGCCAAGCGUGCGACUGCGCUUCUUGCGCGCGGCCACGAGACUUCCGCGAAACACCUUUUGGAUCAUAACGGCGGCCUUGUGCUGCGCAAUGUACUGCUGCGUCGCCAGCUCGACGACCUUCUCGCCGACCGUGAGGCUCUCGCCAGGUACGUUGCGCUGCGUGAGCACGAGGAGGAGAUCGCGGAAGCGAAUCAUAUUGUC